AAGAUGGCCGCGACGGAACGUCACGAAAUAUGACCGGUCGCCGAAUCUGACGAAAUACCUGAGACGAGAGGGGGGGGUGUUUUACUGUAGGGACGAGAAAAGUGCGCUCCUCAAUUCCACCGGUUAUAUUCUAAAAAAAAAAAGGGGGCGGGGGGAGAUUUUUGUGUACGGACAAGCUACUUCCGCUUUUACCUGUACACCGGAAGUGGUUACACUCGCCUGCAAUUGCACACUCCGGCCACUAGAGGGCGCUCUCCGCUGUACUUCUCACCGGCGCGGGCGGCCAUAGAGAUUGGAGCGCUGUGCUCGGUGAUGUGAGGGGGAGCCGCUGGCUGUAUCUAUAGAGAGAAGAAGGAGGAGGAGGGGCCGCCAUGUCCAGCCUGCAGAGACCCGCUCCCCCCGCCCAGACCGUCACCCUCAGCCUGGAGCAGGUGAAAGAGGCGUUGGGGGAGGUGCUCGAUGCUCUGCAGUCCCCCACAGGCAGCGCACGAUUGGAGGAGGCCAGAGAGAACUCUGGGAAUGACCUGGGGAAAGUGCUGCAGCUCCUGCUCCCGGCCGCCGUCCAGAUCCAGCAAGAAGUCCUCCAGAACUACGGCUUCAACCCGGAUGGAGAGGGUGUCCUCCGGUUCACCCGUCUGGUCAAAUCGUUCGAGGCGCAGGACCCCGAGAUCGCCGCCAUGUCCAACAAACUGAAAUCCUUCUUCCUACCCCCCUUA